GGCAGCGAUCUAGUUUCACGUUGGUGGCGUUGCGCAACUGUCGCCUCUCAAUUUCAUCAAAAUAAAUAUAACGCUUAGCUUUAUUUGAGUACCGGUUUUUCCGCUAAAUUUCGCACUAUUUGAGGAAUGUCUGGUGCCAAUUGCGAGCCGGUUAACUGAAGUGAUCCCGGUGAAAAUGCGGAAAAUGUGGUGCUCCAUCAGCUGGGAGCCAUUUUGUUUACAGAAUUGACAUAGCGAUGGAAAUAGACUUCUUUUCGGUGUUUGUGUUUAGUUUACCGCGUUUGUUUUAGUGUAAAUAUGCUAGUUUUACCAUAGCAGAAUGGCAGGAAAUGAUGGCACCACAACUGAACUGUUUACGGGAUGGUCGUCGGUUGUCCAUCAGCCCGAGGACGAGCCAGAAGAAUCGGAACUGCCAUCCACUGUUGAUAUCGGAGCGCUUAGCGCUGAGCCGCCUGAGCCCAGCCAAAAGCAAGAUGAAGCUGAGAGCGAUUCGGAAAGCGAAGAUUCCGAAGCGGAUUCCAGUAACUCGGAUGCUAGUGCGUCGCAGGAAUCGUGCUCGCAUAGCGACAGCUCAGACAGCGACAGUUCCUCCAGUUCUCAGGAGUCAACGUCUCGAUCCCCCAGCCCGGAGUUUUCGGUAACCAGCACUCAGACCAACGGCUUGCGGCUGACAAUAGCGACCGUUAGGAAGAGCAUCAGCAGCCCCGUCAACACGGCGAAGCGAAGCUUGGGCCCCAAUAAGAACCAGGGCAAGAAGAAGUCGGACAGGAAAAGCUCCACUAGUAGCUGCUCGAAUUGCUCGAGCGACUCCGACGAUAGCAACGAUUCGGAUAAUAAAAGCGAAGCCAAGAAGCAGCCAGGUGGGCGAAAGGCUGCACCGGCUGUUAAAGGGCGGUUGGUCAACAGCGCAACCACCAAAAGCUGCAAGGAGCCGGAAAAAGCCAAGCAAAGCCCGGUAGCGACUAAAAAUCGCGCUCCAGCCACUCAAAUGGCGCUAAAAGAGGGCUCGAUUCCAAAGCUAAAGCUUUCUUCCAGCGGCAGCAGCAUUGCGAGUGGAACCAAAGACCAGAAGCCGUUGGCAUUGCGGGAUAAGGAAGCAGUAUUAAACAAAAGUAGAAUCUCAUCGAGCAGCAAUCUCAGAGACGCCGCUCUGCCCAAAACAAGAAGCAACACCAAGGAUAGAGAGCCGGCUCCCAAAGACAAGGAACGGGACGCGGGUGUUGUUGGAAAGCUCCGAAGCUCUGCCGCAGUAAAUGCAAGCAGCAAAGACCUGCAGAAGACCAGGGGCGCUAAUUCAGCAAAAAUCAGCGCUAAGGAGCAGGAAAACCCUGACCACACGCCCAAGGCCCCCACUGGCAAUUUGAAGCCUCAAAAUGCCAGUUUGAAUGAUUCCAACAAAGGCUCCACCAAGGACCGAAGUGCUGGGAAGGAUGAAGGCACCAACAGCUCGAAAGCCAGCCGGAAAAAAGUCAGGAUGAAGAAACGAGCCAAGAAGAUGGCCUCAUUGCCACUGUCCCGCAGCUCGACUUAUUCGAGUUCAGAUUCCGAGUCCUCUGAUGAUCUGCUGCCGGCUUCUUGCAGCCUACAGGAGAUCCGGCAGGAAGAUCUGGCUGCUAUCUUGCCCGACCAAAACGAGUGCAACGACUUCAAUGAUUUCGACGAGAACAACAAGGAUUCACCCGCCACUGGCGAUAUGUCCGGUUCGGACAUGGAACUCCCACAGCAGGCCAUCAACUCCUUGAUCCAGCGGACCACCGAAUCCUCAAGCGACGGCGAAGGCCAUCAACUUCCUAACCCUCAAACGCUGUUCGCCAACAGCCUGUUGCAGCAGUUCGUGCCCAACAGUCCUCUGGUUGGCCCCAAUGGAAACUCACAUCUGGCAGUUUCCAUUGGAGAGUCACUGAGUGCUGGCGCUACUUCUUCUGGGGCCGCUGGCGCUCAUGCAAUGUCCAGUAAAUCUUCCGAUCAUGCCAGUUCAGCCUUGAACUGUGAGGUGAGUGCGGACGCUCCCAGUGUGAAAAGAGGACGAGGCAGGCCAAGACGAGAAAACGGAGCGCGCAAGCAUAAGGAAGACAUGCUGAAGACCAUGAGAGGGGCUGGGGAAAAAGGCUUGCAGGACUUCUGUGGGGGCCCGAACGUCAGCCCCGACUCCGGCAUUCAGAACAGCCCAGAUCACGUUUCCAGUCCUGAGCCCUCGCUGUCUCCCAAUCCGCGCCUGAAACAUUCAGCGCUCAUCAAAGAUGAGCAGAAAAAGUCUCUGUGCUCUUCCCGAAGGUCCAAGUUGGAGCAUUUGAAUUCCAGACCUUCAUCCACGGAGCGGCACUCAAAACGCAUUCUUUCUCAAGCUUCACAAGAGCGUCAAGUGAAGCUGGAUGAAAGGGCUUCUCGCAGAAGCAAAAUGCCGGAGGCUCAAAAGGCCCCCGAAGUGCCAUCACAGGGGAAACCCAACAUAAUCAAGCUCAAUCAGGAGAAGGGCUCCGCCCGAAAGACUUCUCGCGAACAAAGAAGGCAACUGAGCAGAAACUCUGGUUCAAGCAGAGCUUCUUCUCUUGAGAAAGCGAAAGAGCCUGUAACUAAAGUGCCGUUAACGUGCAACCAAUUGGAUCGGGUUUUGUGCGCUAACACCGACAGAGUUCUGUAUCCACCGAGGAGGAAAGUGGGAAGGCCGCCGAUCAGGCGGCCAGGAAGACCGCCCAAGCACAGGGUGGAAACUUCCGAGUGCAAAGGCCCUUCCGACAAACCCCUAUUGCCUCCCAAGGGUAAAUCUAGAAUCCGACUAUCGUCCAACGCCGCACAGCCAACGAAGCCAAACGCCAAUCAAAACAAGGCUGUGUCUCUUCAAGUGCCCAAGAUCCUGCACUCCAAGCACUCCCAGAGACACAAGAAGCGGAAAUUUAAAAUUUUCAAGUCGGUUGUGUCGUCUGACCCGAAAAUUCACCAAGAAAUUGAAAAGUUGGUCGGGGAUUUUUCCAAGUUUUGCGUCAUUGGCUCGAAGCAAACGAAGGAAGCUGCUGCUGAGCCAGCGGUGAAAACAUUGAAGAAAGUCGCCAAGAAGAGACGAACAACUGACUAUGUGGAAAAGAAAAAGCGAAAGCAGAGCGUGAAUGCCACAGUGGAUAAGGUUGCAAACUCCAUCGAACAGCGGUUGCCUCUGAAGAAACGCCACUAUCAUCUCGUGAGCAAUGGCAGUGAAAAUCAAGCAACCGAAUUGGGAGAGCAGGAAGAAACCCCAGCGGAGCCGCAGGAUCAAAGCAAAGCUAAGGCUGAAAAGAAAGAAAAAGGCAAAGAAAAGGACUGCAAAGGGCUUUCCAAGUGCGCCAACGCCCUGAAGAACCACACCAACAACAACCAAUACGAAGUCAAGGUUGAAAAGGAGGCGAGCAGCCACAUAGAAGAAGCGAUAGAAGCGUGCAUCCACAAAUUCUCCGAAGAAAAAGUUCCCAAGCCGGACGACACUGAGAACAAAUCGGUAAUGGCAACCACCCCCAAAAAGCGCCACAGAUUGGAGAACUUCCAAGAACUCUCCUCUUCAUUGCCGGAGAUCAAAACCGAAGUCUCAUGUUCCGGUAAUGAGGACACAUUGGAAAAGCUCAAGUCUUCAGUCACGGUAGAGUCAUACAUCAAUGAGUUGAAAAUCAAGAGGAACUUGAUGGCGCAACUUCCAGAAGACAACAACGCGGCACAGCCCGAACAUGGAGAGGAGCCAAAAAUCAAAAAAGAGGCAUCAGCAACUGUGCAAGUGGAGAAAACGGUGCCAGUCUCACCAGAGAGUACAAAGAAGAAGGUGCGCAAAAGAAGGGCGUACAACCGAACCGGGUUUCCAACCAUCAAGAGGAAGAAGAAGAAGCCCAUUUCGACUUCGAAUCUUCAGGCGUCCGUCGUCGAUAUUGACGACAUGCCAAUUUGUGAUAGAGUGCCUAAAGAAGGAGAAGAAAUCACAAAGUUUCUUCAACGCAGUAGUAGAGCCAAUAGUUCCACGCCAGACUUAGUACGGGCUAAUCUCGAGGUUCUAGAUGAAGUGAGUGAAUGUGAGAGCCUUCCUCAAGACGAGCGAAUCGACUGCGACGAGGACGGCGACAGUAGUCGGUGCGAAAGUGUUGUCGAUAAUCUAUCGGACUCGCGAAACAAGUCAGACAUUGCAGACAGUGAAACGCUGUCGCUUUUGGAAUUCUCCAUCGAGCGGUUAAAGUCGCGAUUACAUCAGAAGACCCGAAAACGCAAUCGAGACACCAGACCUUUAGCUGAAAAAGCCAAUAUUUAUCCCAAGCGGCGAAAGCGAGAAUGUUCUCCAGCGAGUAGCGUUGAGCCGUUGCUGGAAAACAGGCUUAGAGACAGCGCCAGCGCUUCUGGCGAUGAACUAUCGAAGAAAAGCAAGAAAGCUCCCAAGUGGAAAAAGAAGUAUUUACCUGCAGGCCUUUUUUCCGACUUCUUCAAAGAGGAAGAGUCAAAGCGCCAGGACGCCGCAAAAUCAUCCAGGAUUUUGGCCUACAACGCCGAAGACCAUCCGUUCGGUCUUUUGCCUCCUCCUUACCAUUGCGGAAGAUCGUUGAGGCGUAAAAUGGUCGACUUUCAGUUGCCAUUCGACUUAUGGUGGCAGCACACUCACUCGCAAUUGCCCGGUAGGGACUUAGUGCCUUCCUGGAACUACAGGAAAAUCCGUACAAACGUCUAUAAUGUGAAAACCAACGGUGGUUCUUGCGAGCCUCAAUCCUGCAAUUGCAAGUCUACUUCGGAUUGCGACGAUGAUUGCAUCAAUCGACUGGUGUUGGCCGAGUGUCCCACGUCGCAUCGCUGCAACAAUCAGCGAAUCCAGAAGCACGACUGGGCCCCAGGCAUCGAGAAAUUCAUGACUGAAGACAAGGGUUGGGGUGUGCGCACCAAAGAGCCAAUCAAUCAAGGGGACUUCAUCCUCGAAUACGUUGGCGAAGUGGUUUCAGAUCAGGAAUUCAAGGAACGGAUGAAUAGCAUUUACGUGAACGAUACCCACCAUUACUGCCUCCAUUUGGACAGUGGGUUGGUCAUUGAUGGGCAUCGAAUGGGCGGAGAUGGGCGAUUUGUUAAUCAUUCAUGCGAGCCGAACUGCGAGAUGCAAAAGUGGAGUGUAAACGGGCAAUUCAGGAUGGCACUGUUUGCAUUGCGGAACAUUCAGCCUUUCGAAGAAUUGUCCUACGACUACAACUUUUCGCUGUUUAAUCCUGCCGAAGGCCAGCCUUGCAAGUGUCGCAGCGCCCAGUGCAGAGGAGUAAUCGGCGGGAAAACGCAGAGGAUUAAGCAACUGCCCGAAUCAACGGUGCCUAAAAACCCAGGUCGAGUGGGCCGCCCGCGCAAGACCGAGGCAAAAAAGAAACCCAACUCCCAAAAAGAUAACAGCGCAACCAGCACCACUGUUCCCCCCAUAACUCAAGUGGUACCUCAGAUCCAAGUUAAGCCGAUGAGCCAUCAGCAGAAGUGCUUCAUCUUGGAACAUCACUGCUUCCUGCUACGGAAUUUAACAAAAGUCCGCAAAGUAAGAGAUCGGUCUUUGAGUGUGACUUCAAAUACCAUCGCAAGGCUUCAUACAGCCACACCGACCGAUACAAGCACGUUCAUCAACCAAUUGAACGCCAUUCAGAAACCGCGGAACAUGAAGACUCGAAAGGUGGCGCAGGCUGAAGACGAUCCGGAAUUGAACAAGACAAUUAAAUUGGCCACGGUUCUGAAAAACAUCCUAUCGGGUCUGGCUGACCUGAAGGGCGAUAAAGACGAGAGCUUGAGCAGCCACUUGUAUCAGCUUCCGUCCAAGAGGAAACUUCCAGAGUUCUUCCAGAAGGUGCAAGACCCCAUUGAUCUGUCCACUAUAGAACAAAAAGUGGCUACUGGGGUUUACAAGACACCCGAAGCUUUCGAUAUGGAUAUGAUCAAGUUGUUUUCUGGAUUCGCCAAAUUCUAUGGCCGCAACAGCGAUGUGGGAAUUGCAGUCGCCAAGCUAAAGAAACUGUAUAUGGCGACCAAACAAAACAAUCUACCGAAGCUGGAGGGUGUUUUAGGCAACAAACCUCCACCGGCCUUUGUUAACUGCAAGAAAACCAAUCACGAAGAAGACAUCAUUCGGUGCAUUUGCGGAAUUCCGCGGGACGAAGGUUUGAUGAUCCAAUGCGAACGGUGCAUGGUGUGGCAGCACAUCGAGUGUGUAAAAGCAGACGCGUCUGUGGCUAGCUAUCAUUGUGAGGUUUGCGUGCCCCGGCCGAUCGAUUACGAGAUUCCUAUGGACGAUUUCACUGAACAUGGUCACCGGUAUUACAUGACGUUGAUGCGGGGCGAUCUGCAGCUACGACAAGGCGACACCGUCUAUGUUCUCAGAGACAUACCGAUUCCAGGCUCGGAUCGCAAGCACACCUACGAAACUAUCGGCAAAAUCGACUAUUCCGAACUGGACAUUUUUCGGGUGGAACGUCUGUGGAAGGACAAAGAUUCGGGGAAGAGGUUUGCCUACGGGCACCACUACUUAAGGCCACACGAGACUUUUCAUGAACCUACCCGCAAAUUCUUUUCCAACGAAGUCAUGCGGGUGCCAUUAUACGAAGCUGUUCCAGUCGAGCUGGUGAUGGAGCAUUGCUGGGUGAUGGACAUUAAUACGUUCUGCAAAGGGCGGCCCAUCGGCGCCCAAGAAGAGCACGUCUACAUUUGCGAGUAUCGAGUGGACAAGGGCGCUAAAAUGUUCAGCAAAGUAGCCAAAAGCAAGUUCCCAAUAUGCACCAAAAGCUUCGCGUUCGAGCAGUUUGAGACCCGCAUGAAAAUAUCCAGAACUUAUUGUCCGCAUGAUGUGGACGCGUCUUUGCUGAAGAACGGCGGAGUUGGACGAAGAAGGUUGGACAAGGAUAAGGAGAAACUGUCUUCAAACGAGGGCGCAGCCCAAGUGGCUGCAGCACAGCUGCAGUCUGCUCCGGUUCCUAUUCAAAGGAGUCCAGCGCAGCAGAAGGCUCGACUGAACAAAAUCCUAUUGAAUCUUUUGAGCAAAAUGCCCACUAAGCAAAUAGUGGACGUCUCUUAUCUGCUGGAAGGUGGCAGGCGAAGGAAAAAACAAGAAACUAAGCAAUGAUAGCGGCUUUUUUCCGUAAGGAAAUUGUCGUCGGUAAAUCGAAUCUAAUUAGAGUUAUCUGAAAGUGAAUAUAUUUGGGUGAUAUUGCUAACAUUGAUAUAUGAUAUUUUAUAUGCCCGUUGUUACUGUUAGGAAGGGAAAGCGAAGACGAUUGCAGAUAUUAUCAAGAGGAGAUAUUUAAUUGUUUUCGAUGAGUUAUUAUCCACACUUUAUCCAGAUGAAGCCAAUGUUGAUAGUUAUUCAGGAAUAGCUGCUAUACCUUUUCAAGGGAUUGUUGAAUUUUAUUCAGGCAUUGUGUGUUGCAAUUUGCGCUAAUUUUGAAAUAUUGGGCUUGUAGGGUACAGUGGAUAUUCCUCCCUUUAUCAAAUAGCUAGUCAGUAUUGUUAACUGUACAAUGUUCGAGCAUUUUAUUAUUUAUUUGUAUAUAAUAAUGAAAUUGUUGUUUUGUCACUAUUGGUUCUGGUUUUUAUUAUGCCCCAAUUCGUUGUACGUGUACAGUCCCGACAAAGUCAAAUGAGUGUAAACUAGAGAUGCUAUUUUACUAACUGAACUAUAUGGUUGUUACGCGUGUACGAUUUUUAUUAGUGAUUUAUUGUCAUUAAAUUGUCGCAUUUUUCUACUUAAUCUGAUUUUAUUGUGUAACUUGUUGAAUAUUGACUGAUAAGGUGUAUAGUGAAAAAGGAAGUCGCAUCUAAUUAUUUUAUUUUAUUUUAUGCUUUUUAUAAUAAUAUUUAUACUAGGUGACUGUACAAGUUGAUUAUUAAAUUACAGUACAAAUGUAUAUUGUUUUUGAUUUUUUCUUUCUGUUUAUAAAGAUCGUUAGGUUUUACUACUAACGCUCAGUGUAUAUAUAUAUAUAUAUUUUAUCGCGCCUAUUUAUUUUAUUCUAUUUUUUAUAACUAUGAAACUUUUUGUACGUUACUAAUUGUUUUCUGAUCGAUCUUGCCUGUCUAGACUAAGACUAGAUUAUUCCCACACAUUAAUAUUGUAUUUAUAUACUUAAUGUUUAUAUCACGCAAUUCAAAUAAAAUUGUUAUAUUUUU